GAUUAAAGGUGAGAUGUGGUAAUUACAUAGCGGAGAUUAAUAAUUCAGGAAUUGAUGAAAUAUCAGUGAGGAGACUUCCAUAUAGGACAGCAAUGGUCCCUUUUUCCAUUCCUGCAUUCGAGGAACAUGUUAAUUAUGAUUAUGUGGACAUUAGGGACCAGAGUAGUAAACUAAUUAAGUUAGAUGAGAAUGUGAGUGUGUUGAUAUUUCGAGAAAGUGUCACAUUAAUGAGAACAACAACAACAACAGUGGACAUACUUCAACAUGAACAACAACAACAACCACCACUGGACAUAUGUCGGUGGACAGAUGAAUGUUUCAUUGUCACCUUUGGGAGAGAAAUGAGGGUGUUCAACAGGGAUUUCUGUCGUUUAAAAACCAUCAGAACUGAGAAAUACUACAAGAGGAUUUAUAAAUACAACGACAAUCAACUCGUGUGUGGUGGUCAUUAUAUUAGAGACAUAACUCAAGAAGAGAGAUACAAGGACAUCUUUGACCCUUAUUAUGUGGAUGUGGUUGAUAUUAAGGAUGGGAAAUGUAAAGAUGAAGUGUGUCACGGGGAGGUGAGGAGAUUGGGAAGGUUGGAGGCAGAUGAAGGAGUGCAUGAUGUGGGAGUCACAUCUUUUGGUGAUGUUGUUGUUUUGAGGAGGGAGAUCAAGAAGGAGUCUGGAGAUUGGGAUCAUUUGUGUUUUGUGGAAUGGUUCAGGGAAAAGUCUUUGGUGAGGAGGAUAAGAAUAGAAGAAAGAACAGGUUUUGGUCUGGAAUAUGAUAUUUCAAGACCUCAUUUAACUAUAAUUGGUGAAUGUGUUUAUAUAACAGAUAAAGAUAACAAUAUUUAUGAAAUACCUCAACAUAUUGAAGAGGAAACAUCUGAAGAUAAUGAAAUCCUGAUAUCUGAAGAUAAUCCUAAAUAUUUAAUCCUCAGGAAUUAUGAUAAUGAAGUCUUUGAAGUUCUUGGUUUUGAUGUUUCAGAAAAUUCUUUGAUGGUUUUUGGAAUUAUUCCUGGACGCCAACCAUUUGCUUUUUUUUAUUUUGACAAAUAAAUAUUUUAAGAAAUAUUAAACUUC